GUGGCAAACCCGGGGUUAUCGGUCGUUAAGCUUUUGAUAUCGCCAGGCACAAUCUUACUGACCUGGAUUUUCUCAAGUAUCCAUUUUCUUUUGACCGUGCAGCCGUAUCUAUUUCUGCGCGGUCAUUGAGGUCCCGGCCUGAAAACGGCCCAGAGGUCUAGCCCUUUCUUCCAUCAUGCCAGGACUGCCUGAUAGAAUGGGCCAGGAGUCGCAUGUUGUGAUUCCUGUAUGGGGACAGCAGAGGGAGUCUCGGGAAAAUCAUGAUUUCAGCUCGACAACAAGCGGAGCGUCGGCAGAGACACAGCACGCAAUCCCCCAGUGGGAUAACGGAUUACAAAUGGUACCUGGGAUCCAGGGCGUUCGGCGGACGAGUCCCAUGAGCCGUUCCCCAGACAGCUUCGAGUCGCUGGCCGAUUCCGUGAGUGACGAUGACUCAGAACGGUCCUCGACACCUAUCACGCCGAACUCUUCGACAGAAAGCCUAGUUCCUGCCGGCGAACCCUCUAAACCAGCUUCCUCAGAGAUGGACACAACACUGGACAGUCAGCUAGAAGGAAAGCAGGUAGAUACAAAUGCAAUCCCAGAGACACUACGGCCCGCUCCCGAAGUACCGCCGCCUGUUCUCAGGCGGUUGCUGGACUUCUCCCCCCCAGAAUCCCGCCGCUCGCUACGAUUGACCUGCAAAACCUGGUCCCGGACUGUCGACAAGGUUGUGCCGCUUAACCCACCAGCUGCCAACAUUGUCCCCCCUGAGAUCCUCUUCCAGAUUUAUUCGAUGCUCAGUCCGCGGGACUUCGAUAAUGCCCGGCACACGUGCUCGCAAUGGAUGCGUGUUAGUCUUGAUAAGGAUCUGUUGGAAGGCAUGCUCAAGAAAGCAGGCUGGUGGGACGCAUGGCAGCGGGACUGCCUGGCGCGCUCACUCAAUGCUACCAAGGAGAGUCAUGUCUGGAGGCUAAGCAAGAGAUUCUCCACUGAAUGCCUGCUGUCUGGCCGAAAGGCCAAUGUGGAGCGGUCUGGUUUCCUGACGACUGGAAUCGUCGACUUCUCUCACCUCGCCAGAGAAUCACUUCCUACGGAGUCCCCUGCAUUCAUGAAGAACGUCCUCGCUGGUCCUUACACGGCUCCUCGGAUCACGGCUGCAGUGCGUGACCCGGCAUUUUCACGCACUCCCAGGUUCAGCGCUAGCAAGUGUGGCCGCUAUUUGCUGGUGACCACGGGAUGUAUGAUCUACGUUUACCAUCUUUGCAGUCGGAAGACUGGGGACAACUGGCCCAGGGCAGAAAGAUCGACGGAUCAAGAACGACCUAAUCUCGAUGACAAAGAUCUUGAUAUCAUGCCUAUUUCCAGCAUUGGCUGUCCCUAUGAGGUUUUGUCGGCUGCGAUCGAUACGAGUAACUCCAAGUUGGUCGUCGCAGCUUUGCUGCGCGGUCGGAUGGGAAUGGUCUGUGAUAUCAAGCGUGUGUCCAGUCAGUCUCCCUCGGAGGCCCAAGGUCCCAGUCUUGCUGAGGUACAGGAGGCGAUCGCAUCGAACCAGCCUCUCCGUAAGAUGGUACGCCUCUCUCGUACCCCUCGCCAUUAUUACCAUGACAUCUGCUCCGCUGAAGACCCACCAAGAAGCGUGUCAAUCUGCCCUGGUCGACGCUGUAUCGCAUUUGGUUGUGGCUCCGGCAUUGAAUUGCAUUGGGUGGAUCAGAAGACCAAUGUAGAUUCUCGCAAACUAUUCCCAAUGUCGCAGCCGGCCGAAGUCGUGCACUUCUUGUCGAAUCCUUCGGUCAACACGCCUGCACAGAUCAGACUGAUCUCUUCUCUGGCUGGUCCCGGCGCUUCUGGGUGCCAGUGCUACAACUCCCCUGAUGGCGAAGAGCACCCUUGCCAGUUCCACCUCUCCUCUGGUGUGCGUUCGUUCACUCAUUGGACUCCAAGGAAGAAUGGCAGUCUCAGUCUCGUGAAGGCGACUCACUGCCAUCACUAUCGAGCCAUCCCGGUCAAUGACGGAUUGCACCUGUUGUUCAUCGAACCGACCACGGGUUUCCUCUGCAUUGGAUCAGAUGCUCCUAUCGGUGGCCCCACGAGCCUGACGCGGGCACUGAUCUGUGUUCCGCCAUUCGAAGGAGGCACUGCUGAUAACUGGAAGGAGGAUCGCGUGCCGACUGUCUUCGCGUCUGGCUCUGAUCUGAGCUGGGGCUUGCGCAUUGUCGCGGCAUACCAGGACAAGAUUGUCCUGUACUCGGUCCCAUCGGACGUCCUCAACGUAAUCCAGAGGGAACGCAGACUUCAGGGCGAGGGCGUCAUGGGAGACAGCGACCUGGCAAGGGACUGGUUCCUCGACUCUGAGCGCAACAGCCAGCGCCGGGGCAGUCUCGCCCAGAACCAGAACGGCGACUGGGAGUUCCUCCUCAAGGUCAGCUACCGACCUACGGCAAUGAUGUGGCCCUUGAAGAUCUACGGCAAGGAGAUUGGCAGGAUGACCAAGGUGGUCGACUUCGCGAUCCAGACAUCGAAUGGUGGCGCCCGAGUCUGGGCCUUUGGCGCAUCGGGCGAGGCGCGCAUUUUUGACAUCGACACCUGCACCUCCAAAAACAUCUCGGCGCUAGACAUCGGCGUCAGGUCACUGUCGGUCGGCCCCGAUGGCAGUAUCGCGUCUGCAAAGCUGAUGGGCCGAGCGGAGUCUGGUCUCCUUUCGCCGCUGCCUGUCCGAGCGACUCGGAAGCGCAAGCAGCUCAGCCAGCCAGCUCCCUUCGACCGAGAAAUCUUGACAGCUCAAUAUCCACCGCGUGUCAAGAAGAUCUUGGACGUGGUUGAAAAUUCAGUCUUCCCGAAGAACCCCAGCAGCAGCCCGGUGUCGAACGGGCCUGCCAAGAGGCGCCGGCCGUCUUUCGCUGCUUGUAUCGUUGACUUGAAGAUUCCAGACCUAGGCCCUAAUGAAGGAAACUGGCUGGACAACGCCAGCAAGGCCGAGGGUGAGAACAGUCCACCGCAGGGCUCUGAUGGAUCAGAGUUCCAUGACUUUGCGACGUACGAUCCCCAGGAUCUGCGCAAGGCUUUCCUGUCCACUCCAGCAGCCGGUCUGCAUCGCACUGGAACACCCGGGAAAAUGCUCAUCAACCCCGUAAUGUAUAACGAGGGAUACUCCGCAUGGAGCAAGUACUAGGACAUUUCUAUUCUGUUGUAUAUCGGUUUUGCCAGUUGCAGCGCUGGCGGGUCUCUGGUUCCACAGUCCACUUAACAUUUUCAUG